CUGCUAACUUCAGACAAGUGCUAGUGAUAUCAAGAAACAUUUUUUUUUAAUUUAAGCCAUUUAAGUGUUAAAUGUACAAGUUGAAUGUGAAUUUCAAAAGAAAAGUCGUUGUCAGUAUCGUGGAAAGGACCCUUUUUUAGUAACACUUCGUGGUUUUCGCAUAGUCACGUCUAACCACGAAACAACACACACAUGGUUUGUGCGGGUUGAAACUCUGAUAAAACCGUGUAGUUUGAAAAUUUUAAGGAUGCCUCGAAAACGCACGGUCAAAAAUCUCCCGUCCGAUAGCAGUGACGACGAUGAGCCUCUCGCCUCACUCACUAACGGGAAGCGAAAAUCUCCGAAAGAUGAUGAUUCGUCAAGCGAAAGCGACAUCGAGAAUUAUCUUCAACACCCGGACAAGAUCGAUCUCGAUUCUCCGUUUUUUAACCUCCCUAAAGAACCACCGUCGUUCGAUAAAAUCGAAAACGAUAUUCUCGCUGGUGUGAGCAGGUUAACUGAUUCCGAAUCCGACGAUGAACCCACAACUCAAGAGGAAAUUACAGAAGUUGUGAAAAAUUUGCCUUCAACUUCUAAGCUAAAUUUUGGGCAGCUGCACGAAUACGCGAAAAAAAUGGAAGAAGCGAAACAGAAAGUUGAAGAGUACAACGCAAAGCGAAGAGCGCAAAUGAAAGAAACAACAAUUGAGAAUUUAUUGGCAGCUGGAGAAGCCAAACUAGGUGAUAUGAAUACAAUCAAGGAGAGUUUGCACUCCAGCGACUUUGAGUCGUGUUCUGAUUCAGAGAAAGAGGGCUGGGAAGAAGUGAAAGAAGAGCUAAAAGAGAAAGAAAAAAGUUUGAUUCCUAAAGAGGGUUUGCAGAUCACAGUGGACAUGCCCGGGGUUGUUAGAAAAAAGAAGGAGGUUGAUUUACUGGCGGCGAUAAAACGGCGCAUUAACAGAGUGCGCAAAGAAAAUCAGCUUCUAGUCCACAAAGUUCACUUAUUAUGUUGGAUUGCUCACGGCAUUUAUGUCAGUUCUAAAAUUAAUUCCGAGAAUGUCUUAGCGAUGGCGCUGUCGUUGCUGCCGUCGGAAAAAAGCUAUCCUGAUGGCCGCGCAGACCUGACUUACUUGGAGCAGAUAUUGAAGUGGUUUAGGAACGCUGUAGUCAAUGUGGAGAAGAAAGUCCCUGAAGGAAAGUCUCUGGAGGAGUUGUUGGAGGCACAAAUUACCAAAAAAGAGGCUUAUGAUAAGAAGAUGUUGGUUUAUAUUUUCGUGGCGGUGAUGAGGUCUUUGGGGAUUCAUUGUCGGCUGGUUUUAUCGUUCCAAGUUGAACCGUUGAGACCGCCUAAUAGCGAUUUGCUUUCACUGAGCGCCAAUGCAGGUGCUAGCGAAAGCAAGGAAGAAAACGAAAAGAAAACCAAAAGUGGUGAUAAAUUGAAGGAAGCAAAAUCGCGUUCUAAAACUAAUUCCAGUUCUGAACAAGCCAAAACCAAAAAAGAACCGAAAAACGCACCCAAAAGUGACACGAAAGACCCUAAACCCAAAACCACCACCAGAUCCAAAAGUACAACCCAGGAAAAUAACCUCACUAGUGAAAGCAAGGAGGAAAACGAAAAGAAAACCAAAAGUAGUAGUGGUAUUAAAUUGAAGGAAACAAAAUCGCGUUCUAAAAGUAGCAGCGAGGCGAAAAACGCAUCCAAAACUACAACCCAGGAAAAUAAUCUCAAACCCAAAACCAGCACCAGGUCGAAAAGUACGAGCGAAGUGAAACCGAAAGACAAACAAGUAAAAAAAAGUGAAAGUACCAGAAAACCCGGAACUUCCAAUACUCGAAAACUACGUUCUGAAGCGGUUAUACCUCAAGUGGAUGGGGCCAACGACCCUAAGAGCCCCACCAAACCAAACCUAAAGAAACUCAAACAAAAGGCGCCCCCUUGUCCCGUCAGACAUCACCCCAAACGCCUGAAAAGCAUCACGAAAUACAAAGACUCUGACUCUGAGGACGACUUCGCAAACGCGAGGAGCCCAUUCUCGAACAAGAACGACUCCCCGAAAACCAAUGGUGCCAACUUGAAAAAACUCAAAACUCACGUCCCUAAAAGCGUGGAUGUGCGAAACGACGUGUUGAAGUUGGUGAAGAAGAGUAUCAAGGAGCAGAAGGAUAUUAGUAAGAGUCGUACGGUUAGAAAGAGAAAGAGCGGACAGCAGAGUGAGAACGACAGUGACUAUGUACCGGAAGCUGUAAACAAAAAACGUAAAAGUGAGGAUGAGUUUACGCCGAAAGUAAAAGUGAAGAGGAGAGUACAAGUGAAGAAGGACGGUGAAGACGAAGAAAAAAUAAAGCGGAAGUUGGGAGUGGAUACUUGGGUGGAAGUUUUCUUGGAGAACGAAGAGAAGUGGGUUAGCGUGGACGUCAUCAAAGGACAAGUACAUUGUGUGAAUGAGUUAUUUACUAGGGCGAGUCACCCUGUUUCGUACAUUCUGGCGUGGAACAACGACAACACACUUAAAGACAUAACACGCCGAUAUUGCACGAACUACAAUACAGUGACCAGGAAGCUCCGAAUAGACUCGAAAUGGUGGUCAGAGUCGCUGAAACCCUUCACGGGUCGCAAAACCCCCAGAGACAAGGAGGAAGACGACGAAUUAGAAAGACAACACUUAGAAAAACCUCUCCCAACAUCCAUUGCAGAAUACAAAAAUCACCCUCUUUACGUCUUAAAGCGCCACCUCCUCAAAUUCGAAGCCCUCUAUCCCCCCGACGCCCCCACCCUCGGUUUUGUCCGCAACGAACCCGUUUACUCCCGACAAUGCGUCUACACCCUCCACUCCAGAGACAUCUGGUUGAAACACGCAAAAGUGGUCAAACCCGGUGAGCAACCUUACAAAAUCGUCAAAGCCAGACCACGAUGGGACAAAUUGUCCAACUCCAUAGUCACUGGGGAGAUGCUCGAAAUCUUCGGUCCUUGGCAGACCCAAGACUACGAACCACCCACUGCCGAAAACGGGGUCGUUCCUAGAAACGCCUUCGGUAACGUGGAGUUGUUCAAACCCUGCAUGUUACCCAAGAACACCGUGCACCUAAAACUACCGGGGUUGAACAAAGUUGCGAGGAAGCUGAACAUCGAUUGUGCGCCUGCGCUCACAGGGUUUGAUUUUCACGGUGGCUGGAACCAUCCGACGUACGAUGGGUUUAUUGUUUGUGAAGAGUUCGCUGAUAUUUUGGUGGCGGCGUGGGAUGUGGAACAAGAGGAGAUUGAAAAAAGAGAGCAGGAAAAAAUCGAUAAGAGGGUUUAUGGAAACUGGAAGAGGUUGAUUAGGGGGUUGUUGAUUCGGGAGCGUUUGAAAGCUAAGUACGAGUUCGGGGAACCGUCUGGAAGUGGUCAGAAGGCCAAAAAGAAAUUAGCAACGAAAAAGUGAUCUGAUUGAUUUUACUGUUACGUUUAUUUUUACCAAAUAUAUUUUUAUAUGAA